AUGGAACAAUGGCAGAACAAAGUAUUGGCUGACCCAACGUUUAACAAGAUGGGACCCAUAGACAUUCUCCUAGGAGCUGAAGAAGUGGCGAAAAUACUGCUGGACGGAGUGCACAAAACAGCAAAUGGAUUUCUUGGCCAAAACACGGAAUUUGGAUGGAUAGUGUCCGGGGGAAAUCCUAGUCAAGAUUCGAACAUAAAAAUAGUCAGCAUGACCGCCAGAUACGAAGAAGAUGAAAUAUAUCAAAGAAGCGACAACACGACAUACUUAAAAUUUAAGAAAAAAAAACAAACUUACUUGGGAGAUUUAAAGUUGGAACAGCAUCUAGUAGAUGCCAUCUACUGA